GCCACGAAAAUGGCCGAAUACGAGCGUGUACUAUGUGUGAAAAAUGAAGUUUUCGUAUACAGAAUCCCCCCUAGGCCUUCGAAUCGAGGCUACAGGGCAGCAGACUGGACAUUGGACAAGCCAGACUGGACAGGGAGGCUAAGGGUGACCUCUAAAGGUUCAGAACUCAAUAUAAAGUUGGAAGAUAAAAUAUCAGGAGAGCUAUUUGCUAAGUGUCCAGUGGAAGCCUACCCAGGAGUGGCCGUGGAGGCAGUCAUGGAUUCAAGUAGAUACUUUGUGUUAAGAAUCCGAGAUGAAAGCGGUCGAAGUGCCUUUAUUGGAAUUGGCUUUACUGACAGAGGGGAUUCCUUUGAUUUGAAUGUAGCACUACAGGAUCAUUUCAAGGGAAUAAAACAGGAGCAGGAAGCUGAGGCCGCGACGAAGGAGAUGGCGCUGGACAACACUCCUAAACUGGAUCUUGGAUUUAAGGAAGGACAGACAAUAACCCUCAAUAUAGGUAAGGGAAAAAGUAAAGCCCGGCCAAAACCCCAGGGAUUGCAAGGUGGAGGUGGCAUAGGACUCUUACCUCCUCCACCAGGUGGUGCUAGGAUACCACCGCCAAACGCUGCUCCUUCACAAAAUACAAAUAUGUCCUCAAUGAACUUUAGCAAUCCAGCGCCUCAGAGGGCGCAACAGCCCAGUAGCAAUAUUGAUUUGUUAGGGGACCUGGUGGACCCAUUCCAGUCCCAACCCCAGCAGAAAGCCAACCAGUCCAGUGCUCAGGAUUUGUGGGGGGACUUCACCAGUGCAAGCUCAAAUAAUGACCCCUGGGAGCAAUUUUAGACCAAGACAGAGAAAGAGUUAUUAUGUUAUGAAUUAAAACAUCUUCCAAAGGAAGUCCUAGAAAAGAAGCGAGAACGUAAAAGAUAAUUUUCAUGAGUUUCAGAAAAAACUCGACAAAGCAAAAAAAAAAAAGCAGUGGGAGAUAUCUGGACUGAACUGCAUACAUGGCUGUCAACAUGUCAACUUCUUUAAGUCGUGUUUUCAGUGGGGUCCAUUUUAUUGGGUUUGACUCCGCUAAUCAGGUGCUUGCAUUACGAUUAGCUCACCGUGAUAACAAGCCAAUAUGGUUUCAGUUUUAAGUCAGUUAUGAUGGCUGUGGGCAGGACAACAGAGGGAUAAGAUUUCCACCCCACUGGGAGAUAGUUGUAGUCAAAAGGCCUGGGGCUUGUUUCAUGAAAAGUGCUUCACCCCCCCAAAAAUGGUCUAAACUUGUAGCUCAAAACUGAAGUCUUCUUUAAUUCAGGAUGCAUCUUAUGUUGUUCACUUUAAAUAAUAAGUGUUAGUUGAAAACAUUAGCUAUGUCUUACUUUUCAUAUAAUAGACACAAUAUGUCAUGUAAUAGUCCAUAAGUACUACUGAUUUAUCAUAUAUCAGUGAAGGCUUAAAUUUUGGUCUUAAAGUAUAGACCAGUUUUUGGCCUAAAAUUCUUUUGUGAAACAGAUCCCUGCUGAUGUGGGUCAUAACAAGAAAGAACAGCCCAACUUUUCUGGAAACACGGCUUUGGACCUUUUUAAAGGUUUUUGGCAACUGGAUGUAAAUCAAGAGGAGAGAAACAACAAUAAAACUAAAAAAUGUACUCUUAAAGAAGUAAGGUUUGAAAGUUCAAAGAGGAAAAAAGUGAAAAUGAAAAGGACCUAAGUGUCUGAGCUAUGUAGUUUCUGUGGUAGUAAAUAGGUGGAGCGACUGUGAUACAUGGAUAGUCCAUUUUUCACUUGUAGGUGUCACUUCAAAUCAUAUAUAAAGAAUUAAAUGAAAUUGAUGUCAGUUAGUAAUAAAGUAAGCAAGAUGUGAAAUAUUGAUAUGUAAAAAUGUGAUCAUGUGGGUCGAAUACUAUUUCAAGGUGAGAAGAUUUUGUAAAAGAUAUUUUUCACAUUGGAGAACAAAAACUUUUUGCUUUGAAAUGAUACAUGUGUAAGUGAUGUGUUGUUCAUCCUAUGUAAUGUUAGCAUUGUAGUCCACUAAAAAGUUGAUAUGUGUUGUUGGAGGGGGGGGGGGGUGAAGUCAAAUAGGAGAAUUGCUCAUAAUUUUCAAAAUCAGAAAUUCCAGUGUUACUUUUCCAAGACAGAGUCCUUUUUUAUCACCAAAACGUUCCUUUUUGAUGUAAAAAGUGACUAAUUUUAUAAGCUAUCCAUUUUAAAGUUAUUACAAAAAUAUUAUUUAAAAAUAAAUCAAAUGAUCCAUUUUGUUCAUAUGGAGUGAGUAAAAUCUGUUUUCAGAAUACAAGUGUUUAUUAUUUGUUUUCACAUUGGGCUAUAUGUAUGUAAUACUAGAGUUCAUAUCUGAAUUGUUCAAACUUCUCACUUACUGUAGUAGUUUGUUUCAUGGCUAAAGGGUUAACCUUUGUCAUUUUUAUGGAAAAUUACAUUAUAAAUGUACUGCAGUAACAGGGAAAAAAAUAAAAAUCCCCAAAAAAUUAAGAAAACAAUGAGCAUUCAAGUUGUAUUCAUGGAUUUUUAAGAAAAUGGUAGGAUGCCAUAUUGUUAUAAUAAAACUUUUUAGGUACUUAGAUGAUAGAUCGAACUUGCAGUUGAUGAUGUUUUAGUUCUAUAUAAUUAUGUUUUCUUUUGGCAAUUGGAAUUAGUUAUUAAGCUUUCCUUGUGUCAGGGAUUUCAAUUUAUUUUUAUUUUUGAAGCACAUUGACAUAUUAUAAUGAGACUUCCUUAGAGAAAAGGAUGAUCAGGUUAAAUAGGAUGUAUAUAGUAAUAUAUGAAUAAAUGUGUUAUAACAUAAUUAUAUAAAAGCAAUAUAUGUAUAAAUAUGUAUUAUGAAUAGCAAGGAGUUUUCAAACCAAAGCUCUGAGUGUGCUAGCUAUAGGUGUUAGAAGUUAGGCAUUUGAAAUACUGUCUUUUUUCUAAUUAGAGACAGCUUUUACCUUACUUGUGAAGCAAGGACAUAGUGAUAAUGAAAUAAGAUUGACAUUUUAGCAAAAGUCCAUUGUUUUGAUUGUUUAGUUUGGAGGCAUAAGGGGCCAAUGGAAGGCGGCGAAUAUUCCAUGAUUCUGGCCGUAUUUCAUAGGAUGCUUUUCCCUAUAAGGCCUGGGUCAACUUAACCAUUUUUUUUCUGGAUAAUAUCCAUAAACAUUUCAGUUCAUUUUCUGUCAUUAUUAUUAUUAUAUGAAGGCUUAUGUUUCAAGCAUGGUAAAUGUAAGUCAUUCAAUAUCUGUUGUUCAGAAAAUGUCCCUUAGUUUCUUUAAAAGACUUUGCCUUAAAACAGAAUUUUACUGUCAAGGUUUUUUCUCUAAGACUUGUAAUGAUGGUGCAGCAGUUUUUCAAUAAGUGAAUUGUGCAUACUUAUGGUGAUCUUUGUUGGAUUUUUACAUUCUUUUCAUUCAUUUAAGUCUUGUUAUUUGAUAACAAGUUGUAACGGGAGAUAUCUUUCUCUACCAGAGCUGUGAAUAGAUUAUUUAUGCAACUUGGUUUAUUUCCAAUGUGGUGAUAGAUGGUUGUCCAUGUAUGAAAUUGAAUAUCGUCAUGUCUUACUAUGUUGAUUUUCUAUACUGAAAAUAAAGUUAAUACCCUCCCCACCCUAAUAUGUUAU